AAAAGCGAUUCAGUGUUCAUUCGGACGGGGAGCUAAUCUUUGAAUUUUAAUUGCUCGAAGGUAUAUUUCGUGAGUUUUGUGUUCUUUGCCACUUUGCUCCUUUUUCUGUUGUUGUAUAUUAUCAAAAGGAAGACUUUCCUGUCGUUUUUUUUUCUUUAGCCCAUUUGGCUCAAUUGUUGAUGCUCCGAGGCAUUUUGAAUACAAGACACAAAAAAGAAUAUAGAACGGAGAGUUCCACCCUCAUUAAAUUCUUACGCUUGUCGGAAUUUCUUUUAACAAAUAAACAAAUUAUAUUAUCUGUUUUCUCUAUACUUCCUCCUAUGGUUUAAGCUGGUACAGCAACGGAAAAAGAUCAAGUUAGUGAGUGUAGAGUUUCAAGGGGAAACAAUUUUUCGAUUUUAACCACUUCUCGCGAGUGUGUGCUUUCCAAAUGGAUGGAUAGCACUUCCACAGACAUGUGGAAAAGUGUGUGAAAGUCAUGUGAUGAAGUAGGGAAGAAAAUGUAGAAGGAAAAUCUACAUUUGAGACACUUCUUUUUUUCUGUUUUUCCUUUAAUUUUUGGUGCCACGGUUUUAUCCGUUGGCAGAGCAUCUGGUUUCUCCUUGAUGGUGAAAGUGAUCGACAAAGCCAACAACUAAGAAGACUCUUCAAACCAAAAAGUCUCACCAUAUAAAAAAAACCUUUUAAGAGGGAGGGUAUUAUUUUUGUGUGAUUCCUCCGAACAUUUAGGAGUGACGGAAUCUCCUCAGGGUCGUGUCAUUUGACCCGAGUGUGUUGUUGGUGGUGUAAUUGAAAAUCUGGGAUUGGGGGUUGCGCGUCGGUGACCCUUCGAGGACAUUGAGGUUUUGGGUGAUUUUCCAGGUUUCGCUCUUUUGUGAUAUAAUAUUGUUUGGGUAAGAGCACGUGGGACUUGGAAGGCAUAGGGGGUGUUAGAUGAGCAUAGGAGCGGGUCCGGUGGAUGCUAGAGCCGAGCCAGGACCGAUCGCCAUGCAUCGUGGGGGCCAGGAAUGUACGUAAUAUUCCCAGCAGAUGAACUACUGUGUAUGACAUACGGUGCUGCUGUGCCGAGAUUCAAGCCACGACCCACUCUGGACAACCUGCGCGAGCCUCUCGUCUUGUCCCCCACCAGGUCCCGACCCCCCAGCCCCAUCACCACCCUCGAUGACUCCCUCGACCGGCCCGCCGACCCCAUUGAUCCCACUGACCUCUCCGGCGACGAGCCCGCCUUAGACGAUCCCUUCUACGGACGUGACCCCAACGAGUUCUUCGAGACUGCUGUUCACUAUCCCGUCCUCCCACCACCGGCCACCAAGCCUAAGAAGAACCGUCCACGUCUCCAUCUGCACCUCGGCCGCCUCGGACGACACGCUGCUGUCGACCACAUUGAGCCGACCCGUCUUCGUGAAGAUCUCAACAUCCACGUGUCCAAUCCCACCUUCACGCGCGAGAACCUCAGCAAGCGCAACUAUGACGCUUUCUUCGAGUCCGGCGAGCCCGUGUACUCGAUAGAGAAGCGUGCCCCACCACCAGAGCCCCCUUCACCGCCCAUCAUACCCGAGGAACCCCAACGCCACUCCCUGGGUCUCUUCCAUCAGCGCCCGAAGGCGCCGCCCCGUGCCCGCAGUGCCGAUCCCGAGGGCGCCCUCGAGGCGUCCCAGAAAGGUGACAGGUGCCCUCUCGAAGUCUCACCAUCUGAGUGACUAACUCCCGAGUGUCCGAGUUUGCUGCCCGACGACCGCCCUCUGCUUCCUACCCGAGUUGCCGACCCCUAACACGUCCACCCCACGAUACCCUAGCGUAAUCCACAAAGACCAAUCGCAGUCUCUUCGGGUGGCGUGGGACUCGCUCCGGAUCUCAGGGGCCUCCCGCGAUGGCCGCUUCGACGGGAAUUCUGCGAGAUGCUUCCCAUCCGAGUCUCAACGAAGCCCUCAAGUCACACAACAGUGUUACCUUCAAACUCGUUAAAACCGUGUCGGACUUUACGGAAACCCUGGCCCAAGUAUAUGAACAACAUGCCGAAGCUCUCCAAGUUCUAGUUUCGAAUUACCGAAAGAAAAACAGUGAAUUGCGGAAGGAACGUCCUGCCUGCCACUCAACUCUGUUCCAUGCCUGGGAGACGCUGUUGCAGGAGAUUGAGGCGGACUCUCAGUCAACAAGCGAUGUUGCUAGUGCUCUAUCAAGACAGGUUGCUCGGCCCUUGCUGGAGAGGUCGUUCCACAGGAAAGUGCAAAGUAGAAAAAUUUUUACACAUCGGGAAUCAUUUGACACAAUUAUCGCAAAGACUGAGGAAAAAUUAUCAAAAUGUCGAAUGGAUUACAAACAGAGCUUUGUGGCUCACCGUUCGAAUCCUACACAACAUUCUCUGACUCUCUACAUCGACUCCCACAAUGCUUACGUGCAACAGUUGCAUGCAACCAAUGCGAUGCUCGAGGCUUACCACUGUGAAACUCUGCCGCAACUAUUGCUGGAACUCGAAGACAUUUACAAUGAUCUCUGCUCCAUCAUCUCUGAAGCUGUCCUCCAAGGUGCCGAAGCCAUCUCCACGAAGGCACUCGAACAGGCAAAGAGAUACGAUGGGCUGUCGAAUCAGUGCAAGUCGGUGUCUGGACCACAGGAUCUCGGUCACUUUACAAGGGUCCUUCCGCUGCCUCCAAAUCCCUCAAAAGUUCCUAAGAAAGCCUUCGCUCCACCCCAACCAGCCCCCGGACCCGAAACUGAAGAUGCCCAGGAAUACGAUGAGAAUCUUCCGCCGCCUCUGAGGAAUGAAUUGGUGGUGGAACGAGGUGCUUCAAUUCAGGUUCGACCCUCGCUUGAAGCCCUCAAACGAGAAGCUGCUGACUUAGAGAUGCAAAUUAGACAACUUCAGGAUUCAGUAGAUGCUCUAGUUCGUAACCAAUUGCGAGGCCUCGAGAGUCAGCUUUACAAUAAAGCCAAUGAAUUGCAAGAAGACAUUUCGAUGAAAAAGUUUGACCUCAGAGCCAAGCAAAUACAUCUUGCAGCUGUUAGGGCACAGAGAGAACUUUUUUUGGCAAGAGUUGAACCAGGAUCACCUCGAGGCGAACGAAAAUUGUCCGUUUCGAGUUCUUCUUCUAUGAAGACAAAGUGGCUGAAGGCAUUCAGGAGCUUAAAACCAGCUUCCGGGUCAGCAGCAAACGAAAAGAAGAAUGGAGCGGCAGCACAGCCGGAAAGGAUUCGAGUUGGGGAUGGGGACACCCACAAUUUGCAGGAGUACACGUAUAAGAAGAUAACACCAUGCGAUGUUUGUUCUCAAGUACUAAGAGGACAUACCCGCCAGGGACUUCGAUGUCGGAUCUGUAAGAUGAACGCUCAUGCUGAUUGUGCGUCGCAGCUGCCCAAAUGCCAAGUAAAGCAGAAACUACUGAGGCGACAGAAGAGUACCUCAGAGAUUGAGAACAGGGUUGAAGUGGAAGAAGAAAAACCCAAUGAGAUAGACCAAAUCUAUCAGGUAUUGAAACAGGCGGGUGAGAUCUCGAACAAGAGCAGCGAGAAAACAGGCAAUGGCGGAGCCACAGCACUUCCGGACAUUAAUGUUAUCAAGGCACCCGAGUGUCCGGAAAGAUCAGCUCUUCGGCGGGCACCGCCUCCCAAGGUGCCGACUGCUUCUGCAGGAUCAUCCCAGCAGCGCCAGGGUCUUUCGGCUCCGCUGGCCGAUGUGUCCAGUUCAGCUCCCCAUUCGCCAAGACGACAGAAAUUAAAUUUACGAAUGAAAUCACUGAGUUUGGAUUCGCCGGAAUCGUCAGAACUUCAUGGGCAGAUGAGGAGACGAGGCCAUGCGGGACCUUCCAGUUCGAACUACCAUGGUGGGUCAGGAGGUGCUCUUGAGCACAGCACCCCUCCAUCAAACAACAGUCGCCUUCACUCUCCCUCGAGCCCUUCGCAGCAGCAACGGAAACUUUUGUAUGCCAACCGUGGUCUUCGGACUGGAUCAGUGGAUUUGCCAGACGACGUGGAGAAGAGUUUAUCGUCAGCCAGUACCUCACCAUGUCCAUCUCCCGUAAGACAGAAUCAGAAACCCCAUCGGUUACUGCCAACGAAUCUGUAUGUUGUGCUAUACAAUUUCAAGGCUCGUCACCAGGAUGAACUGGACCUGAAAGCUGGAUAUAAGGUGACAGUAAUUGAUACAUCGGAUCCAGACUGGUGGAAAGGAAAGUGCCUGGGACGAGUGGGAUACUUCCCAUCCAAGUACUGUACACGAUUGGCUGCCGGUGAAAAGCCCCUACAGGUCACACACAAUCUGCAAGUCACGGAUGGAGAGCGUGGAGACAGUGGAAUGACUCUGCUCAGAGACCAGAUUGUCAUACAGGUUGGCGAAGAAGUGGGUGGCAUGGUGAUGGUGCGCUCAGCUGAAAAUCGUCAGGGUGUAUGUCCAAUGAAGUAUUUGCAGGAAGUGUGACAGCCAGAGCCUGUGAAACCGGAUCGGGAUAAAAAUGGCAACGAAAAAUGUGAUUCAGGUCGCAGAAGAGAUAAAAAUUCAAAUUACGACAGACACCACCAUAGUGGAGGUCGACGGAGGUGCGCCAAUUGUCGCAUGGAGCGGGAUCGUGAGAAGUGGGAGAGAUUCCGGGAGAGUAAGCUCGAGGCAAUGCGUCUGCAUAAGUACAAUGUGGAACGAAGGAUGCGAUAUGAUUGCAAUACAGACAAACGGUACUGGAGUCAAAGGCAGGAUAAGCUCAAACGCUAUCCGAAACAAGAGGCUCUAGAUCCAUCGUGGUAUACCGAUAACAUCUAUUCCAAUCAAAGUGUGGACGAAGAGGAGGACUUUAGAGAAUUCGGGCGAGGAAGGAGGAUGAGGCCUGGAUACGGAAGACGGGAUAUCAAUGGGAACAGUGAUGCUGAUCGAUUCACAUUUAUUCCCAUUAAGCCUACAACCCCAACGAGAUAUGGAGAGUACAAGUAUCCAAAGUCAAGUAGCUAUUCUUUCGGAGUUUCAUCCUACGAUUCCACCAAAAGUAGGAGUAUGGUUCCUAAAUCUCAUUCUUUCAGUGUUAGUCAGUCCUCGCCGAAGAGUCGCCGAAGAGAAGACUUCCAGUUCCGCAGUAGGAACUAUUCGUACGGUGAAGGUGAAGCCUACACCCGAAUCUGUGAUAGAGAUGGAUGUGUCAAUGAAUCGUGCUUGGCGAAGGAGUCUAAUACGAUGACUGUCCAGAAUGAUCAACAUCUCCCCGAGGAUUCAGAAGACGAUGACCUACCAUUAAAUCUCUGGCGAUUUAAACGUCAAAUCAAGAAUAAAGCUUUAGCAACCAAACCAGUUCGAAGCAGACGAUACUACUACGGAGAAGACUUGACGCACAACGACGACAGCAGCGUUUACGAAGAUGCUCAGCUGGAUUGCAACGAAGAUCGAUCAAGAGGUAGGAAUAGUUUUGUAGAUGACAUGGAACAACUACUUUGUUGCGAUAGACUUAAGAACAGCAAGCGUCAGUCCCUCUUCGAUGACGACAGUCUAUUCCAAAUGUCUGACUACAGAUACGGUCCCAAGACCAAGAGUAUGCUCGAAGUUAAGCCUCCUAGUAAGUACGACGACACCUCUUCGGAUUCAACUGAUAUCGAACUUGAUGACUUCAAUUUCGAUUUCGAGAAGUACUGGGAGGAGUUGGAUAAGUCUCCAACGCCACUGGAAGAAGAGUUUCAGUUUAAGAAUUCUAAUAGCACAGGUCGACCGAAAGUGAAGAAUAGCAACGUUGAACGUUAUAACAAUGGAAGCCUUAUUGAUGGAAUACCAACAGCUGAGGAGUUGUUACUCUACGAACCACCACCGCCUAUCCUUAAGACACCUUCAGUUUCACUCGAUCCACCCCCUCCUGAAGGAUACAUCAACAACUUGGCCUACAAUGACUACGGACCAGCUUUCUAUCCGCCUCCGACGCCUGUCCACAAGCUUCCCCAGUUUACGCACAAAGUGUACCCGGAACUCCAUCCUGCGCAUCAUAAGUACACGAAUUUCUAUCCUCAGGAAGCCUUCGUUCAAUCUCCGCCUCCUUCCAAUGCCAUAAGCCUGAUUAAUAACAUCUUUUCGAUCUAUAAACCUAACAAAUAUUCGCCUCUGAACUGCCAUACUCAGCAAAUUAAGCCAGAGCCUUGCAAGAAGAUUCUAAUGCCUAGCACAAUCCGACCUCUUGGUGAACAUGGUUUCCUGACGUCUGUGAAGCGACCGUUACUGGUCAAGCCUAUGCAGGGUCAAGAACAGGCUCAAUUUAAGAUCAUCCCUGAGAAGACGGGUCUUAGGAUUUCGCCCCUGUACCGUUUUGACUUUGGUAGUGGAGCCAAAAAGAAGCUCAAGUUGAAGAGUACGGCUAGGCCAUUACUCUUUCCACAUUGACGCCAUCUGGACGAUCUGCCCACCUUCGUUCGGAUUCGAAACUGCCUCAGACUCCUUCUAGGCAACUGAGGCCUCCCAAGGAGUCUCUCCCACAAAUUGUGAUUCAAAGGACGCACCUUGCCCUUUUAGGGAGAAAGAGAAAAAGUAUCCUAAAUGCGUAGGAAGAUUUAUUGAAUGUUAGGGAAAUCCCUUGAUAGAAAACCCAAAAUCUAAGAGAAAUGAUAAGUAUUGUUGUUAACUAAAGAAUAUUAAUGAUGUUAUUACCUUUAGUGUGAAAAGAGUAUUUUUAUUACACAGAUAGAAAACAAUUUAUAUGGAUUACAUCCCCCACUUACAUAAUGAGUGUUAAGGAUAUAAAACCAAAGAACCAUUUGCAGAUAAAAAGCCCUCAAUUGCACUGCUAGCGUUACGCAAAAAAAGAAAUCAUCAAUCUCAAAUAUCCCCAUAUAGGUAAUAUACCAUAAUGCUAUUAACAUAGGAUAUUGCAAAUUCUAGACAUUACUAACUAAAAAAAAAACAAGAAAAUAUGGUGUAAUUCUCAGCUGUGAGAAUUCCAGUAGACUAACAUUUUAAAGUCUCUUAAUAAGGGGUAAUAAAUAGGAAGUGAGGAAAAAAAGAAUCUUAAUUAGGUAAUAAACUUUUAAUGUUAUGGACAUUGUAUAAAUGAAAACAUAAAAUGUGACAUAAUUACGCCCGAAUCUUAUGAGAACAAAAAAACAUUUAUAAAAUAUUUCUGAAUCACGGAACCGUCCGUUUUGCACCUUCACCUACUUGCUCCCUGGUUUUUUGACUCUAUUUCUGAACAUAUAACACUCUGUUCCCACCAUCAACACAGAGAUUACACAAGACACUUCCUCAUCGUCUAGAGAAAAGAUGUUAACAUUAUUCCUAGGCAUCAGAUUUGGCAAUUUUUAUUAAUUUAUUUUGCCAGAAGGUUUAGUUGAUGUUGGGAAAAUGCUGGAUUUUUGAAAGAGAAGAUUUUGUAAAAGUUCCAGUAGUUUUAACUUGUUUUAUUUCAAUCCUUGUCUAACUCUUGAAGUAGUUUUUAAUAGAUAGUCAACGAACGUUCUCGACAAGGACUAAAAAGUAAACAACCCGUUAAAUCAGUUAGCUAGGUUCCAAUACUAGGUGGGAUUAGCAGACUGUAUUCGUGCCAAUCAAACUCUUCUUAACAUAAUUCAGAAGUGGGAUUCGCCCACAUCCGCAAAGUUAGGUUCUAUUCAGUUAAAUCAGCGAGACAAUCUCUUCGAGAUGAGUCAGAUGUAUCAAUUAUUUAGCAAUCAAAACUUUCUAUACUACUCCAAGUUUAGAUUCAUAGGAAAAACUAGGAAUCUGAAACAUAGCAGUUUAUUUCAAGCAAAAUUUGAAGGUUAUGUUAAGCGUAACCUCGCAUUACUCAUUCAUUGAGGCCUUUUACACCGCCCAAAAUUGGAUCCAAAUCCCAAAAUUGGAUUUUAGGAUAAUUCAGUCUGAAUCUAAUGCGACAUUCUAAAUGAACUCAAUGAUCCGAACGGCGAAAAGAUUUAAUGCGGCGGUGUAAAUAGCCUCAUUGAUUCAUUUUCAACCGCUUACCCUAUCGGGGUCGCGGACUCAGGAUACCUAGGCUAGCAACCCACGCCUUUCAAUCAUUCGCCACUUCAGAAAGGUAUUCGGAAUCGAUCCCAAGAUGAUUCAAGGCAAUAUCCUUUCAGCCAAUCCUAGGUCUGCCCCGAAAUCGCUUCGUUUUCACAAUAUCUUACAUGCCGUUUUCGUUGUGGUAGGUUUGGCAAACCUAAUGUAACUUUAUUUUGCAAACAGAAUACUGCGAAAUAGGCUCAAGGUUGAGGUCACAGACUUACUUACUCAGGGGUACACGAGUUUAGGGGUGGUUCGCGGUUUAGUACUCACUAAUGUGGCGGAAGCGAAGCAAAUUUUGGGAAGGACCGGAACUUCUGUGGAAUACCACUGAUCUCCGCAACGAUCGGUUCCACUCUGACCGGUCUCACAGAGGCAUCCCACCUGUGGGAACCAGUUUUCACAGUAGCACAGCCACUCGAUGCAGAAAGGAUAGAGAAGGAUAGGGAGAUCUAUGAGCAUUAUCUACUCUUAAAUGGGAAGAGGAAAUAAUGGAGAGUUUUUCUUUGGAUGGUACCGCGACACUAAGGACUUCUUGUAGACGCAAGAAUGCCGAUACGUGCGUGAAGCUAUUUUCAAACUAAAACUGACUGUAGGACCAACUACAACCUUUCCCUAUCCACCACAACCUUACACCUGGGAUGGGUACCCCAACCGCACUGAACCUCGUGCUGCUAUAACUAAUUUUUAAAAUAAAUAACAGAAUUAUGACUAUUGAGCCGCUCAGAGUAAAAACAAGCUAUUUUAAUUGCAGAAUACAUAUAUAGUAUUACGAUGUCGUCGGUUGGAUCACCAACUGUGCUAACUUAAUUGACUUUGUGUCUGCAUUCAUUGCACUCGCCGCGCAGCGGUGCAUCAUUUACAGUGGAUGCAGACACAAAUCAAAUGCAGUUAGCACACUUGCUGAUCCAACUGACUAUACACUCAGUCCCGGCAUUAGGCGCUUCGGGAUUAUGCACCUGACAGAAUUAUGCACAUAUAAUUAUGCAAAUUUGCCUACCAUUGGGAGUCAAUUUAAAAAAUCAUUUUUAAAAUGCGUCUGAAUGUUAUACUAUGCUGUGAUGCGGGAAAUUUGAAAACAGUGUUCUUCUUUUUAAGAAUAAAACUUUAAUUUCUUGUAUUAACGUAAAAUUUUUAAAUAUUCUAACCAUAUUUUGAAGAGCUCUGGCCAAAAAGUACUAUUUGUUUAUGCAUUUCUAUUAAACAGAUGAAUAUUUUUGUUUUAACUAUACUUUGUGUUAAAACAAAGUGUAUACUGUUUCUGCUCGCAACAAUACAAUUAUCUUUUCCAAUUAUUUUCAAUUAAAAAGAAAUACCAAGGAAAUUUCUUUUAGAGUUUUACUUUUCCUCUAAAAUGCAUUUGUGAGGUCUUCUUAGUUACAACAUAACCUCAUUCAUUUUAUUGAUACUGUUUAAAAAUAAUUCUGCCUAAUUCGAACAAUUUUCCUGCUCAAUAAAAUACAAAAUUAUUUUGACAUUUUAUGUUAUUGCUAGUCUUGGCUAUUUUCAAGCUAUUCUGAUCCUGACUUUCUCAAUAAUACGUGACUGGCUUUUAUUAUUUUAUUAAAAUAUAAAUUUUCAGAAUUAAAUGUUUAAAAGAGUUGAAAAGCUUCAUUAAAUCAAUGAAAAAAUAGAAGCAGUUUAAAUUAUGCUAAGUAAAUUUAUUUCUCCUAUUGAUUUUUUUAAGUAUGCUUCUCAAAAUUAAUUCGAUUUAAUAUAAUAACUUUUGGAUACUUGCAAGAAUAAAUUAUUCAAUUUCAGAAGUUGUCUUUUCAUUUAUCAAACUUUAUAAAAUUUAUGUUUGGAUAAGUUUUGAACACGAAAUUUUAAAACUUAUUUCAAAAUUUAGUUCUGAUCCUCAUGAUGUGUAUCGAUUAAAACAAAACGUUAGCCAGGUUUUUUUUAAAUCUUAUUUCGAAAUGCUGUAAGAUUUUGAGAAAAAAAGGAAAUUACUGGUUAUCCUUUGUAGAAUACGAAAGCCGCCCGGUGCAAUUGAACGGAUUUUAUUACAAACUUUUCACUAAUUUAAAAAACCGUUUUUUUAUCUAAUUUUACAUGUUUAUUAUGACUUGUUCUAAGAAAGAUAGGGGUGUCAAAACGUCCCAGCUUUGCGAAAUGAAUAAACUUUUGACUUAGGCUCUAUAUCCCAAAAGUACCUUCGCAUCAUUUACCAUUCACCGGUUCACAACCGAUCUAAACAAACGCCUGGCAAGUUUGCCUUUUUAUAUGGAUCUAUUUGAAGCCAAUUCCUAAAUUGAUCUCGGACUCAGCUCACAGUGCUCCAAGGAAAAAAAUUAUUUAAACAAAAAUUAAAAAAAAACAUAUGGAAAGGUAUCUUAUAAUACGGAAAAACUUCUCACUUUUUAAAUAUUUAGCAUAACGAUCACGGGUGCAGAAAAAUUCCCAUACGCAUUUGUAUGUGAAAGUAAGAAAUUGGUUUCAACUUUAAAGGCCACUCGCCGGGGACUAGGCUCUAAAGAUCGCCUUCAAUAGCUUAGGUGUAACAGAAUUGAAUUUCGGACAAAAAUUAGUUAUAGAUUAAGAAUCGGUUCAGUUUUAUCGGAAACAGUUUUUGCCGACCGACGGAAGGUUGCAUUCAAAAUAUAAAUUGUCUCAUAUUGUAAGCUGAAUAAAUUCAUUGAACUUAUCGUAACAUAACUAUUAUUAUUGUUAACAUAACCUCUUCCUUUCAAAGAAUGUUAUACAUUUCAUAGGUUAGACAUAUUAAUUUUAAAAAAAAAGUUUUUUUUCUUUCAUUUAUUUUACUUUUUUUAUUUUAUACAACUUGCCUUUAUUUUCUUCUUGAAAUCUGAAUAAAUUGAUUCAGUCUCUCCCAACAUAACCUCUAAUAAUUCAAAAUAUAACCUGACACUUUCAAUGACUACAAAAUUUCAAACAAUUUGAAUUUAAAAAUUUAUCGGUUUACGGCGUUAUCACACUUGCACAUUAAAAUUUUAAGUCCAAAUAUGUUAUUUGUGUCUUUGAGUCACUUAAUAUUUAGGGUUUUUCUAUUUAUUGACAAAGAAGUGGACUUGGUCUGCAAAAAUAAGUCUAAAUUUACCUAAAGCAUAAAUAUUUUUCACAUUAAAAAAUGAAAGAGAAAAUCGCAUUAAUUUUUCGCAUUAAUGCUAUAAAUCAAUUUAUAUCAAAUUUUGCGGGCCAAGUCUACCUUUUUAUCAACAAAUAGAUCAAAUUUUGAAUAUAAAAUGAUUCAAACGCACAAAUUACACCUUUAGACUCUCACUAGCGGCCAUUAAUGUGAAUCAUAUUAAAAUUUUAAUGUGCAAGUGUGAUAACACAGUUACGUUUGUAGGCUCUAGAAAGUCGUUCCUAUUGAUUUUAUAAUUCUUUUCUUUUUAUUUCAAGCAAAUCAACCUUUAGCUUUCUUAUCCUUUCUCUUUCAAAUUUUGCGGCAUUUCAUCAACAUCAACCUGCUUAUAACAAUCCAGCUAUGAUAGAGAACUUCCUGGCUUGAAAAAUGUAGUCACAUUAUUGUAAUUUAAUUUAAUAUUGUUGAAUGUUGAGGUUGGAAAAAUUGAAAAUUUUGUUGAACAUUCGUUAAGCACUUCCUCAGUGUAAAUAACUCAAAGCAUUUCCGUGAGGCAUCCUGAAAACCUCAGAAGUGGGGUAUAUGAACAACAUUAUAGAUAUUAGAAAAGGGUCAUUUCCACUCACACACAACACACAAAAAAAUAAACAUUUGGUGUUGGGUCCAAAGAAAAAAAAUCUUAUUAUCUUACAUUUUGGAUUUAACAAGAAAAGAAAAAUAGAAAUAUGCGAAAGAUUUAUAAAACAAAGGACAUAUAAUAUUGCCGUAGUAAAAGAUAUCUUCCUUUUCCCUGAUUUAACCCAUUUCCUUAUAAUAUAGAAAAGUCAUGUAGAGAAGAAUAACAAAACUGUCUGAAUACUUUUAUCGCAGAUUUAUGGUAUUUUAUUCUUAGUGAAGAAGAGUUCCAAAAGUGGUAAAACUUUUCGCAGGGGAUGUUUUGGCAGUGGGAAAAUUUAUGUUGCAACUUUAACUUGACAAAAAAAAUAUACAAUAUUAUUGUAGUUACAUUGCUGAAAUUGAAUGUUUUAGGUGGUGAAUGUCGGAAAAUUGUACACAAGAAAUUGCAAGGGAUAAUAAUUGCAAUGAAUAGGAAAAUCUGUCGUAAUAAAAACAUGAGAUAUCAAGUGAAAAGACCAAGAAAAAAUACAUUUUAUUGAUGAGAUAAAUUUUAAGAAAAUAUUGAGAUUUACAAGGAAAAUAAAAUAUACCUUAAACAAUGUGAUUUGUGACAUCAGUGUAAUUUAGUAAUAUUAAAAAAAAAGAAAUUUAAAUAAAUAAAAUGCCCUUUUCCUAAUUGCUUUAUUUUCUAAUAUUGUUAGAUAACAAAUUAUCAAAAUUGUAAUUAAAAGUCUGUGUGUGAAUGUAUAUAGAACACAAAAUGUCAAUGAGCGUCAAAAUACUAAUUAUUCUGGUUGAAAAUGAUAAGAUUAUAAAAUAAAGAAUAACAAAAAAAUAUAUGACAACCAUAGAGCACGCCUUUAUAAAAAAAAUGUUAUAUUAUUGAUCAUUGACUAGUGGUAAUGUCCCCCGAAAUGGCCCAAAUAAUUAAAUGAAUUAUAAUAUAAACACAAACAUUAUUGUAAUAAAAUUUAAAGUCAUAACAAUACAAAUAAAUUAUACACAUUAAAAUAUACAGAGUAACUGUAAGCAGAAUUGCAACAUGAACUUAAAUUAUAUCGUGCACGUUUCCUUCCCCGAAUAAAAUAAAUAAAUAAAUAAAUAAAAAAGCUCUGCAAUAAACCACAGAUUUCCAUGAAAUAAAUAAAUAUCAUCGUAAUGUACAUUAAAUGAAUCCAAAGCAGAGAUAAAUGUUGACAAUUAAUUGUUAAAUGCACCACGAAGUCAUCAUACCGUAUUGUCUGUAUUGUAAUUAUCCUGAGAAAAAAGUGUCUAAUAAGAGACAUAAAUUUCUAGAACCUUUACCAGAGAUUGAAAACCUUUGUUAACACAGAAAAAAUUAACCAUUUCAGUAUUUAAGACAUAAAAUGCAUUUUUCCAUGUUUUACUUCUAAGUUGAAACAUUGACAGAAAAUGUCGUAUUAUUGUAAAGAUUAAAAUGAAAACAACAAGAAUGCAUUUCUCAAUUUUCAAGAUCACUUUUGAGACAUCCAUAAUGUAUUUAGAGGGUUUACCUUUCACACAAGACGUGCUGUGGAGAAAAUUGCAAGAAAUAUAAAGAAAUAAUCACUUUAAAAA